GGACUGACUGUCUGACAUGGAGAACUAUGAGACUGUGUGUAAACUGGGGACGGGGGCCUGUGGGUCUGUCUCCUUGGUCAGGAACAAGACUACUAAACUUUUGUGUGCACUGAAGAUGAUCCAGUUGGAUAAGUCCAAGCGAACCAGGACCAAAGAAGCUGUUCUCAAGGAAGCAAAGAUUCUUGCUAAACUAAAACACCCCCACAUUGUUUCCUACCAUGAGUCAUUCUUUGAUGCUGAUGAAACAUAUCUUUACAUUGUGCAGGACUACUGUGAUGGAGGCACUUUGGAAGAUAAAAUGACAGAGGCUAUCAAGAAACAGACGAGCCUUCCAGAAAAACAGAUAAUGCAUUGGUUUAUCCAAAUUGUCAUGGCAGCUCAGCAUAUGCAUUCCAACAAAAUUUUACACAGAGACUUGAAGUCAGCCAAUGUCUUCCUGACCAAAAAGGGUGUCGUGAAGCUGGGUGAUUUUGGGAUCUCCAAGUCGCUGGACACAACAAUUGAAAUGACAAGCACAGUGGUGGGAACACCAUGCUACCUGAGCCCUGAGCUCUGCCAGGACAUCCCGUACAGCUCCAAGUCUGAUAUCUGGGCAAUUGGCUGUCUGCUAUAUGAGCUGUGUGCUCUUAAACCAGCCUUUGAUGCCCAGAAUCUAAUAAGCUUGUUUAUGAAGAUAGUCAAGGGGGAGUUUUCGCCUGUCCCUGACCAGUACUCCUCUGACCUGAGGGACCUGGUGGGUUUUAUACUGAACAAGUCCCCAGAAGAGAGACCCAGUGCCAGUGCAAUCUUAAAUCACACAUUCAUCCAGGAGCAUCUGGCAACAUUCAUAGAAGAAAAAGAAUAUCUGCUGAAACAGAAAAUCAUCAAGGAUAGCCAGCAGCAGUUGUCUCCCUUAGGCUCAGACCGUCUCACAGAAAAUGUGAAAGAGCCUGGUGUGAGAGCCUGUUCCCCCAACAUCCACUCAGCAAGCCAACCCCCACCCCCUGAAACAUCAGUGGUUACCUCAGACAGCGGGGUCGCUCUCGAUGGAGCUGUAAAAGGUGUCAAGGAUGUAGAAGAGGGGAUGCGUGAUGACGGCUCAGAUUAUUCAGACGAUUUUGACUCAUCUGAUGAAGAACCAGAGGCAAAGGCUAUCCCUGACCCAGGAUCAUGUGAUUGUCCAGUGGACGUGUCCGGGCUCUGUGAGGAGUAUGAUGAUGAUUUUGAGGAGGAUGACUCUUUUGCUGAGGAUUUGGAUGACAUUGUCAGUCAAGCUAGAGAAGCCCAGGGUGUGGCUGUAGAAGAUGAGUAUGUUGUGGAUGAGGACACAGACCGCUGCAGUCUGAGACAGCAGUGGUAUAAUGUCCUUGGAGAAGAGAAGUUUGAGGAGAUGAAGAAAAUCGUCUGCAGUGAAAUAUCAAGUGAUGGCACAAGAUUGAGUGUGCUACGCCGUGUUGGGGAGGAUAAUGCUGAGGUGUGUUACCUGACGUGUGAUGAGGAGAAGGAAGAUCUUGGCUGAUUGGUCAAACAACAGGUGCAGUGAGGAAACAACAGAUGCAGUUAGGAUAUACCAUUCUAACACUUGAUCUUGUAUUCACUGACAAAAUGCAUAUGUAUACCUAGUGUUAUUUUUUGUAUACAUUCACCUUGUGAAUCAUGUUUUAUUCAUACAUGUGAUGUUACAAAUUUGAAAAACAUCUGAAGUGGGAAAGGGGUAACAGUAUAAAAUUCAUGCAUUUUUCUUAAAAUGGAAAUGAUUUCAUUUUAAUACCCCACAAUAACUUAACAGUUACAAAUAGAGAGGCAUAUUUUUCCACUCAAGUUGCAUAGGUGUGUUUAUGUGUGGCAUUGUGAAUAUUGGUGUAUGGUUAAGGCCAUACUUUGAAUUUUGAAGAUCUGAUGGUUGAACUUUGUUAUUCAUUUGUGUAGUUCGUUUUCUGUGAUAACAUGUGACAGAACAUAUAUAUCCAUCAUAUCAAUAUGUUGUUGUUGACAACAGUCAGCUGUCGUCACAUUGAUUUUCAUUGAUCACAAAUUAUAGGUAAGUGAAAUUGAGGUGUAUUUUGUACCUAAAAUACUAGUAACAGCUUAGUGAAGUUUUCAUACUGUUAGUUCUUAUUUCGCUGUGCAAGGCCUCAAUCUGUUUGCCUUUUGAAUAUUCAUACCAGCACAUAAUAUAUGCAUCAAAUGAAAGUGUCUAGUAUUGAAGAUGAGUCCUGUUUUUGUCAUGUGCUAUGCCACAAUUGUCAUAUUACACAACCACAACAGUGUGCACCAAAGCUAAUUUUAUAAAUAGGGAGGUGAUAUUACAUGUGACACUCCGUCCAAUUUUUAAAACACAUGUAUUUUCCACCCAUCCAAUUUUUGUCUUCACCCAAAUGUAUUUUUCUUAUGAAAAUUUUAGUCCUUUUAAUACAAAGGUGGAAAUAAAAGUUGUGUAUA